AUGCUAUUUCUCCUCAGCGCACUUUUGUUCUAUUCUCCAAAUCUCAGACCAUUAGACGCACAUUCAAAUCUCACAGACUUCUUCAACCCAGACUUCGCCGCUUGGAACGUAAGUAAAAUGGAAAAUAAAGUUUCAGCCCUCUCACUUCUUGGACCUUCCGAUGAAGAAUUCAAAGAUACUAUGAACAAUGUAUCUAUCAUUGUCGGAUCUGUUGCAAUUGGAACAUUAUUUAUCGGCUUCUUACGAAGACACAGUCGCACACAAUAA